AAGUGGACAGAGCGAUAUGAUAGCUCUCACCCUACUUUUAAGUCUACCGUUGUGUUACUGUGCCCGUAAAGAACAUCUUGUUUACCCUGUUAUCGUGGAAGGGCGGUCGACGGCAAGAAAGCUCGUUCUUCGAAUUAACGAUGAAAUUACUCUGAAGCUCGAAAAAAGUCACGUGCUCUCGGAAAACCUGUUCUUCGUUACUGCCACGCUGGAACGACAUGAAGUCGAAAUAGUGAACACAUCUGCUAUUCAAGAGAAGCUCUAUUACGACAUCAAUGAGCGAUCAUCCCUCAUGGUACAGCAAACAGAUGGGUCUACUCGUGUUGAAGGCAUUGUGAAUAGAGAGCUAAGAAUCAAGCCUAUACCCGAAGGACAACGUUCAGUACACGGGUACAUGCUUCACAGUUUAUAUGAAGUACAAGAAAGACGCGAAGAGCCGACGAAGAUGGCUGCGUACACGCGGUACUAUCCGCGAACACAUGAGAUGGUGCAUUCCCCAUCUCGGAGAACUCAUGUAGUCCGUCCUGGAAGAAAUCACGCCCCCCAGACUGCGACAACAACGGUAUCUACAAUGACCGUCAGACGACCGGUAGAAAAAUUUGUGGUUGAGCUUUUUAUAAUUUCUGACCAAGAGCACAACCAGAAUUUCCGAUCCAAAACGGACUUGGUCGAAUAUUUGGGAAUCAUUGUCAAUGCGAUGAAUCUCAGAUAUCUUGAGAUGAGGAUGCCUAGCAUUAUCUUCAAGCUUAUUGGAGUGACUAUGAGCAGGGCCGAUGUGUUUGCCAGUCAUCUUCUAGGUACCAUAGAAGCGCAUGAAACCCUAGAAAAAUUGGGAAGAUACUACGACGAAGGGAACGUUCCAGGAAACCCCGACGUAGUGUACCUCAUAAGCAAUCGGGACAUGUCCUCAACUCAGAGUGGACUUUUCGAUAAGGAUAUAGCAGGACUUGCACACGUGGCUGGGGUGUGUACUAAUCAAAGAGUGGCUAUGGGAGAAGACACCGCUCCAUCCUUCGAGGGCGUCCUCACAAUGGCUCACGAGCUUGGCCAUUCGCUAGGAGCACGGCAUGACCCGCGGGGAACAUCAGAGUGCUCGUGGAGACAUGGCUUCCUGAUGAGUUACAAAGAAGGCGGCACGAAUAAGUACCGGCUUUCCACAUGCAGCAUGGAUCAGAUAAGGAUUACCGUAGAGAAGCUCCCGGAUACCUGCAUAAGAGAAUCCCCAAUCAUAACGCACUAUAUGACGAAACCCAAUGUCAUGCCGGGCCAAAAAAUAUCUGCAAAUGAACAUUGCAGAUUGAUCAUGGUGAGAAGCUUGAAGCAGAAGAGGAUCAGAAGCGAAGCUUACGCAGAAACGCUGCCAGAUCUUGCACGCGAGUGUAAGAUGAAGUGCUGCUACAGGGUAGGCCGUCAAAGGUGGUGCCUAAAAGUGGAUAUUUUAGAAGGUAUGGUAUGCACAGAGGGAAACACAUGCAGAAAGGGCGUUUGUGGAAACCACACCUGGGCAGAAAAAUAGUCAAUAAAAUAAAUUGUCCAGUGCUCUCGGCAGAAAACUUAUGGAAGCAGGUUCUCUGCUGAUGUUGCUUCUGAACAUCUUUCGUUGGCGGCCAACAACGUUCCCUGUUUGGUUAAUAGUAUAAUGUACCGAAGUCACACGGCAAUACAGAAUCAAAUGAAAUGCAAGCGUCAAUUCUGGGCAUGGCGAAAGGAAAAUGCGAAUGCGCAAUAGAAAAAACAACAUUUUAUUUUUGGUGAUAUUUGCAUCAUACAGUACGUAAACACUUCAGAGGACCAGCACCUUUAUAAUACCGCAGAAAACAAAGCGCCUUACAUGGGAGAUUCUACGGUAUUUUAAGUUGAACGCCACAAAUGGAAUGUUCUCAUUAAUGAAAUGUUUAAAUAAGCUGGAAUUUUUUGCUAUUAUACAAACCAUCUGAACAGUAUGAAUAAACACUAUAA